CUGGCACGCCGAGGAGCCUCAGCUAAGAGAGAGGACACGGCGCAGCGCACCAAGAAUCUGGAGCGCAAUCGCAUCGCCGCGUCCAAGUGCCGCCAGAAGAAGAAGGAAUGGGUCAUGGAGCUGGAGGAGACCAAGUCAGGCAUGGAGAUGCGUCACACCAACCUACGCUUGGAGUACCUGACGCUGCUCGACGAGGUGACUCGCAUCAAGAACCAGCUCAUGGCGCAUGCGGCCUGCAACGACCCCAACAUCAAUUUCUGGAUAGAAAAGGAAGCUCUCCGAUAUGUUGAAAGGUGCAUGGAUCCCCCUGCUGCCGCUGCCUCUGCAGCUGCCGAGUCGUGCACCCUGCCUUCGCCGUCAGAAUCACAGCCUUCCAAUCUGGAGUCGCCCGUGCCCAAGCAUGAGAGCAUCAAUCUCGACUAUAUGCCCGAGGAGCUGCUAUCGGGCGACGCCGUCUAG